AUGAUCAGUUCGAGGACAUCGACUAAGUCUGCGCUUGUGCAGGGUCUGUAUGGAAAUACCGAUGCCGUAGACUUUGAAGAGGCCUGGGGUGUCUUGAAGUCGUCUCUCCUCGAGAUUCAUAGCAAGAACGCCUCUCGGCUUUCGUUUGAAGAGCUCUACCGGCAUGCAUACAAGCUGGUUCUGAAGAAGAAGGGCGAUAUACUCUACCAGAAAGUGAAAGACUUUGAGGAAGCAUGGCUCGCAAAGACCGUCCAGCCCCAGAUCACCUCUUCCCUUUCCACAAGCCUGCUUGUAGCAACACCUGACGGUACGGAUGCAAUGACAACAGUCAACGAGAAAAGGGUCGAGGGAGAGAAAUUAUUGAGGUCCUUGAAACAUGCUUGGGAAGAUCACAAUUUGUGCAUGAAUAUGAUAACAGAUGUGUUGAUGUAUAUGGAACGUGUCUACUGCAAAGACUUCCGGAAACCCUCAAUCUUCACCGCUGCAAUGGGACAAUUUCGUGACUUUGUCCUAAGGAUUCCUCUACACGCCGAUGAUCACCACGGGCUCACGAUUGCGCAGAUGCUCAACAACGUCAUUCUGGACCAGGUAGCCAUGGAGCGGGAUGGCGAUAUCAUUGAUCGAGCGCUACUGAAGUCGUGUGUAUACAUAUUGGAAGGGCUCUAUGAGACAGAGGAGGAAGAAGAAUCAACCAAAUUAUACCUGACUAUGUUCGAGCCUGAAUUUCUAACUACGAGCCGAGAUUUCUACAGGUUUGAGGGUGCUGCUCUGCUGCUGGACGCAAACGCCGGAGCGUUCUGCAGGCAUGCUAAGAAGCGAGCAAACGAAGAGCAGGAUAGAUGCAGAUCAACUCUCUCACCCCUUACAUCGCCCAAAAUCAAGGCAGUCUUAGAGGAUGAAUUAAUUCGAAAGCAUCUGCGGGAUGUCAUUGCUCUUGAGCACAGCGGUGUUCGUUUUAUGCUUGAUAAUGAUCGAUUCCAGGAGCUAGAAAUGAUCUACGACCUAAGUGCGAGAGUCGAUACUGACAAAAAAGAGUUAAAAAAAGCCGUCCAAAUUCGGGUUGUGGGAUUAGGGUCCGAAAUCAACAAAGCAGCUAGCAAUCCCAACUCUGGGACCAAGCCUGGGGAGCCAGCUGGAGAAGCCGGGAACAUUGAGGAAGGGACACGUGAUAUAGACCGGAAAGCUCAAGAAAAGCCCGUCAAUCAGCAGACGUCAGCGGCCAUCAAAUGGGUGGAUGACGUCUUGCAAUUAAAGAUGAAAUACGAUCUUGUGCUAAUUGACGCCUUCCACAGCGACCAGAUCCUUCAGACGGCGAUAACUCGGAGCUUCAGCGAAUUUAUCAAUCAAUUUCAGAGGAGUUCGGAGUAUCUCUCGCUAUUCUUCAAUGAAAACAUGAAGACCGGGAUCAAGGGCAAGACGGAGAAUGAGAUAGACACAUUGAUUGACCAGGGUAUAACGCUACUCGGAUACGUUCAAGACAAGGACAUGUUUGAGCGCUACUACAAGAAACACUUGUCAAAGCGAUUGCUCACAAAGCGCUCUUUUAGCAUGGACGCUGAGCGCCAGAUGAUAUCGAAAAUGAAGCUCGCAGUAGGGAAUGCAUUCACCACCAGGAUCGAAAAAAUGUUUCAGGAUAUGAACACUUCGGCUGAUUUGACCUCGAACUACAAGCAAUACGUCGCCUCUCUUGGCGACCCAGAUCCCAAACGCGCCGCACUGGAUGUAAGUGUUUUGACGAGCACGAUGUGGCCUGUCGAUGUCAUGAUGGCUCGCUUGAAGGAGGGCGAACCACGUCCUACUUGUGUUUUUCCUUCAGAGAUAGAGAGCAUCAAGCAAGGGUUCCAAAAAUUUUACCUGGCAAAACAUAGCGGUCGACAGCUUACGUGGCAAGCUGGUAUGGGGACUGCUGAGAUCCGUGGCUACUUUCCAGACUGCAAAGGCUCUAAAAAGACCAGGGAGCUUAGCGUGACAACGUAUGCUAUGGUCAUUCUACUUCUUUUCAAUAGCAUGCCUGCGAACGAAUCGAUUACGUGUGAGGAGAUCCAGGCACGUACAAGUAUACCCAUGAAUGACCUACAGCGGAACCUGCAGUCUCUCUCGGUGGCGCCCAAAACUAGAAUUCUCAGGAAAGAGCCAAUGAGCAAGCUCGUCGAGCCUACAGACAAGUUCUCAUUCAAUUCGAGCUGGCACAGUCAGUAUCAGAAGGUCAAGGUUUUGCUCGUCACUAGUGGCAAUCAUAUUGAGGGCGUAGAAGAGCGCAUAGAGACUGAAAAGAAGAACGAUGAUGAGAGGCAGGGGGUCAUUGACGCUGCCUUGGUACGAAUUAUGAAGUAUGACCCUCUCUUUCCACUUGCCUCAAUAUUGCUCGAAGGACGAGAUGCUAAUCACCCUACUUAUAGGCAACGGAAGCGAUUGACUCACCAAAAACUCAUUGCAGAGGUCAUUUCACAGCUCACGGCACGAUUUAGUCCAGAUGUCUCAAUGGUGAAAAAGAGGAUCGAGAGCUUGAUUGAUAGAGAAUAUCUAGAGCGCAUAGACACGGAGCCACCCGCUUAUAAUUAUUUGGCAUGA